ACAAACUUUGACCUCAUCUCGAACGCACACACACACUCUCUCUCGCACUCACACUCAUCUACACUCCUCACUUCUACCACGCAAAAUGCCCACCCUUCCCCCCCUAUCGACUCUCCCCACCCUCCCCCAAGACCUCCAAUUCCACGUCCUUGACACCCUCUUCGAGCCCUCCCCUGAACUCCACACCCUCAUGGCUCCCGUCCUCGCCCACCAAACGUUCGACAGCUACGCCCGCCUCAUCGACGCCGUCGGCGGCCGUAUGUCCGCGCUGUCCGCCGCCAACUCCUCCCAAGACCGGGCGAUUCUGCAUGGAAUCCUCGGCUCGCAUCCCCGGCUCGGGCGGCCCAAGACGGACAGCCCGGUGGAGCUUCUGAGCGAGCACAGCAAACAGGAGCAAGCGCAGUUGAAUACGGGCGCCGAGGAACAGGCCGAGAAGUUGCAGAGGUUGAAUGCGGAGUACGAGGAGCGGUUUCCGGGGUUGCGGUUUGUGACGUUUGUUAAUGGGAGAGGGAGGGAUGUUAUUAUGGAGGAGAUGCAACAGAGGAUUGAGAGGGGGAAUCAGGAGCGGGAGGUUGAGGAGAUUAUUCAGGCUAUGUGUGCCAUUGCUAAGGAUCGGGCUCGGAAGUUGGAGUAAGUAGAUGUUUUGUGGAGGUUUGUGUUAAGUGAGCAUUUCGGAGAUUGAUUCCUCAAGAGUCGAUUUCAGCUACCAUGAUGACUGAGCAUAUUGACCAUGGUCUGAAAAGUAUUUGAGGGUACUUGGGGCACUCGAGUUAAAUUGUGGAAGCACUCUUUCGAUCUAUAUACACCUGUAUUCUUCAGGAUACCGAUUGACACUCUGG